UCCAACCCUCAGCCGAGGUCGGGCAGUGAGAAAAGCCUUUGGAGAAAGAAAAUGAAGCUUGCCUCUUCUAGUGGCGGAAAAGUUAUGGUGAAGGCGUGUUUCCCUCUUUCCGAUCCUGCAGCAGCCUCUCUCAGCUGUUUAAAUGAGAAUGUCCCUGGCCCAGAGAGUGCUGCUCACCUGGCUCUUCACGUUGCUCUUCUUGAUCAUGCUGGUGUUGAAACUGGAUGAGAAGGCGCCGUGGAACUGGUUCCUCAUAUUCAUUCCAGUCUGGAUAUUUGACAUCAUCCUUCUCGUCAUGCUGAUCGUGAAAAUGGCCGGGCGGUGUAAGUCUGGCUUUGACCCUCGCCAUGGAUCACAUAAUAUUAAGAAAAAAGCCUGGUACCUCAUUGCAAUGUUACUUAAGUUAGCCUUCUGCCUCGCACUCUGUGCGAAACUGGAACAGUUUACAACCAUGAAUCUGUCCUAUGUUUUCAUCCCUUUGUGGGCCUUACUGGCCGGGGCGCUAACAGAACUUGGAUAUAAUGUCUUUUUUGUGAGAGACUGACUUCUAAGUACAGAACAUCAUUUCAUGUCUGUUGCCCUGCAACAAAUGAUAAUUCAAGUGUUCUGGACCUUCAAGGUGAGCCGCAAGAACACCGGGGGAAAAUACCAAAUGCAGUGUUCUUCCUAUUCCAUGAAAUAUGAUUGGUAAAUCAUGGACUUCUAAUCAACCCAAAGCUGAAUUAUUCAGUGUUUGAGUUACUGAUCUUUAUUAUCCCUAUGUAAAUAAAGUUUGUUUUUGACCUUA